GGCGGGCGCGCGGGGGGCGCCGCGGCGGUUCCGGAGCGGUGCUGGUGGCGGUGGCGGGGUCGGCGCGAUGUCGGGGCUGCUGCACACCACGCUCAGCGGGCUCAACAGCGACUCCUACUGCGAGAUCAGCCAGUACCGCGACCAGCACUUCCGGGGAAGCCGGCAGCUGCAGGAGAAAUCGCUGAAGAUCUCGUCCACGCUGUACGUUGGCAACCUGUCCUUCUACACCACCGAGGAGCAGAUCCAGGAGCUCUUCUCCAAGUGCGGAGAUGUCAAGAGGAUAGUCAUGGGGCUGGAUAAGAUCAAGAAGACCCCCUGUGGCUUCUGCUUUGUCGAGUACUACACGAGAGCAGACGCUGAGCACGCGAUGCGAUUCAUCAACGGCACCCGCCUGGACGACCGCAUCAUCCGCACUGACUGGGAUGCAGGCUUUAAGGAGGGGCGACAGUAUGGAAGAGGAAAGACUGGAGGACAGGUGCGAGAUGAGUACCGGACAGACUACGAUGUGGGAAGAGGUGGCUUUGGCAAGAUCAUUCAGAUGCAGAAGGCAAAUCAUCAGCCUGCAAUCUAUUAAUUGCCUCCUGGGUCCUAGCUCAUAGAGGGCUCUGUCCUUCCAGAGCUAGCCCUGUUCUCGCAUUUUGGAUUGGGGUAGGGAGCGUGAUCCAAGUUCCAGCAAAAGGUGACCCUCCUUAGACUGUGGAUAUACGUGUAUUCAUUCCCCCUUCCUUCUGGGCUAGAGAGGAUGUUCUGUGCUGAUACAGGGCAACAAGGGAAAAAAAAUGGACAGCUCUGCAGGAUUCUGGGUAAGAAGAAAUGCAGCACGUCACCCAUGCUGUGCUAUGACCUACUCUUGGUGUUGCAGCUGAGCAGGUGGCUUCCUUCAAGCUGCAACUCGAGCCGUGGUUGCUCUCAAAUGGAACUUCUCAAAAGCUUAUGGCCAUCAGUGCCCUCCAGGUGCUUGGGCACCUUGUGGGGAUGUACAAGAGAUCCAGGUUUCUAAUUUACAACCUCAUCUGCUUACAAAGUAGUAUUGUUGUUUGGAUGAGAGAAGUGGAACGAGGUCCUAUCAUCCACUUGAGAGGCACGUGUAGCCCUUGGGUUGGUCGGAGCCUGCAGAGCAUUUCUCUUGAUGCUGCCCCCAGUGCUGCCUGGCUUUUCAGAUCCUGACUGUUUGGCGUGAUUUUGUUAAAAGUUUCUUGGAAUUUUUUUAAUAAACAGUUGCAUUGUG